AGUGUAAUCGAGGCUUUACCCCACAAUGCACCGCAGAUGACGUCACGUCGUCAUGUGUGAAUACGUUUUGACCGCAAAAGAGACAUCCAGAACGCACAGUGAAGGCAGUGAAAGAGGUUGUGCUUUGUAUCCAAGCGUUCUGCGAUGGACCGCGGCUACGUGCUCGCCCUGGCCAGCCAGCCCGUGGGCCAGGUGCUGCUGCAGCAAGCAGACCGCGCCUGCUCCGCGCUGCAGCGCUCUCUGGAGGCUCCGGAUCCCGCGGCUGUAGUUCAUCCCCCAGACACCAAGGAGGAUGAACCACUGCCCAGGUGGCCUCUGAGUUCGGCGACAGCUCUUCUAAACAAGGCGAGUCUUGCCGGCUCCAACUUGUACUCGAGACUUCUGAAAUCCGUGAAUCCUCGCACCACCAGCGAAAUGGCAAACUUCUUUAAGAAGAAACGAGAGAACAUUGUAACACUUAAGCUGAAGGGUUUGGAGCUUAUGGAAAGAGAGCCCAAGGUAAAAAAUGAAGAAAAAUCAGUUUCUCGAGCAUUCUUGUGGCCAAUCUCUCAGGCGUUGGACUACGUGAACAGUAUUGCUCGUCCCUACGUUUCGCCAGCGGAAGAAGUUAAAGAACGGGAUGCUGUGAAGGUGGCCAUGAGGCGCCUGCAGGCGAUGGUCGAGGAAGAGCAGCUGGGCCUUGGGGGCUCCGCCGACGACAGCGCCGCCUCGUGGCAGACCUCCUUGGAGGAGCUGUGCGACGCCGAGCAGCCGCCAUCUUGUGAGGGCGCCCGGCCGGAGGCAGCGCUCCUGGCGGCCGAGCGCGCAACCGCGGAGACGGAGCGUUCCGACACUCCAGCUGCCACGUCGCACGGCGGGGAUUCCGACAUGUCGCACCGUGGCUCUUCAGUUUCACAAUCUAUCCUCACGUCUUAAUUGCAUUGUAUAUGUUUUUCAAAGAUUGCCUAGUAAUAUUUAUUAUUGAAAGAUAAGUAGAAUUGCUUUUAAAAAUUAGUUAAAUUAAGUUUUAUGAUAAUAUGUAUUACCUAUAUACUGUUACUGUUUACCUAUAUACUGUUACUGUUUACCUAUAUACUGUUACUGUUUGUGGUAAAUGAGCCAAUUAGAGGAUAUUUUUGAGUUUCUGAGUACAGCCCAGACGUAUCUAUCCUUCAAUAUCCUCAUGCUAGAGAAAAAUAUAUUGUUAUAUAAAUGAAUAUAGUGUUCCUUAAAAAUUGUAUACCAAUAGAUGAAUAAAUUUCUGAAUUUUGAUUUGUAAAUGAACUAGAACAUAUUAAAUUAUAGUAAAGAACUUUAUUUCAAUUGAUUAGAUCAGAAAUUUUCUCAUUUAAGGAAUUAAAUGUGGUUUAGUGAGAAAUGCUAAUACUCUGUAAAAAAAUAGUUUUUCCUAUAGAAAAAUUUAUUUUUUGUAUUAUAGUUCAUUACAAGGAAAUUGGUUGGUAAACUGUUCGGAUAAGGAUAUCACGCGGCGAAGAAAAUUGUAUUUAGUAUUACAAGUUUUAAAAAUUUUCCACAUUUGAUGGCAGCCAUUGCUUAGAAAGGGAUUUGUAAUACCCAAUCACAUUCACAAUAAAUGAACAUCUAAUACACUGUGUCAUUGAUCAUUUAUUCAUACAUUAUAAUCAGCUGAUUCAUCAAAAGUAUCUUAAAAAAUGCGAAGAGAAUGAAACUGAGAUUGUGUUUAAGUAAAUAUAAAUGUUAAAAGAUGAAUAAAGCUCAGCUAAGAUUAAAAGAUUUGUCCCAUGGAACUUCUGGUAGUAAAGCAUCGGUUAGAACAUUAGUAUCUUAAUUACUGCAGAAAUAUCACAACAGCGGGGCAGAAACAGCACUUCUCUCUUGCACAUUCAUACUCAUACAAAAUUCAGUCUUAUAAAAAGAAAUUCGUUUGGAAUAGAGCAAGCACACAGUGUUAACCGGAGUCAUAGGCCUAUAUAUAUACACCAUAUAUAAUGUAUGUGUAUUUAAUGUAUGUGUAUAUAAUGUAUGUGUAUAUAAUGUAUGUGUAUAUAAUGUAUGUGUAUAUAAUGUAUGUGUAUAUAAUGUAUGUGUAUAUAAUGUAUGUGUAUAUAAUGUAUGUGUAUAUAAUGUAUGUGUAUAUAAUGUAUAUACACAUUAUAUAUAUAUACUGGUGGUUUAGAAAACUAAUUUGAAUUUAAUUUUCUUUAGCAAUCUUUACUUUAGUGCGUGAAAAAAGAAUUUUUAGGGGAUGUAAAUGUUAACAGGUUGUGUUUUAUAACUUUAUAGUUGCAAGGUAUAUUAUAGAUUACAUAAGGGCCAAAUUUAUUGUAUCUUAAUCAGUCCACACAUAUAGGUCUUGUGUAAAUAAUCUGAGCUCAUUAAUUUAGGUACCGUAUUUAAAAACAGUCUGAAUUUUUUAAAAAAAGAUUUGUUCAAUCCUCAUUAUGCCAUUUAUGUAUAAAAUUUAUAUAUUUUAAAUAAAGUUUUGUUAAA